UCCCGAUUGCAAACUUGGGCUUAGGGUUUCAGUUUCAAGCAAAUAGAAGGAGGUUAUCUUUCUCUUACACUCGCAAUCUCUCUGCUUUGUUGCAUUCCUUUGCCUUGCUCGCACUGAAGAAUUAACGUACAUAGCAAGCAUGGCAGUCACAUUCUACGACCUUAGCUCUACCUCUGGGUUGAAGAAGCUUGACGAGUACCUUCUCUCACGCAGUUACAUCACAGGGUACCAAGCUUCAAAGGAUGAUCUCACUGUCUAUGCAGCUUUGUCAACUGCUCCAUCAACUGAGUAUGUGAAUGUGUCCAGGUGGUACAAACACAUUGAUGCUCUAUUGAGAAUCUCUGGUGUUUCUGGUGAGGGGUCCGGUGUAACCGUUAAGGGAUCUCUUGUUGCCGAGCCUGUUGCAACUCCCCCAGCUGCUGAUACAAAGGCUGCUGCAGCAGAGGAUGACGAUGAUGACGAUGAUGUCGAUUUGUUUGGGGAAGAGACAGAGGAAGAAAAGAAGGCAGCUGAGGAACGGGCAGCUGCAGUGAAGGCAUCUGGAAAAAAGAAAGAGUCUGGGAAAUCAUCUGUUCUCAUGGAUGUGAAACCAUGGGACGAUGAAACCGACAUGAAGAAGCUCGAGGAAGCAGUGAGAUCUGUUAGCAUGGAAGGGUUGCUUUGGGGUGCAUCCAAACUUGUUCCAGUUGGGUACGGCAUCAAGAAACUACAGAUUAUGCUUACUAUUGUGGAUGACCUAGUUUCUGUUGACAAUCUUAUUGAGGAAUAUCUCACAGUUGAGCCCAUCAGUGAAUAUGUCCAGAGUUGUGACAUUGUAGCCUUCAAUAAAAUUUAAUCGGCAAUAGUUGCACUUGGAGGGAGAUCAUGGCAACCUGAGGAAUUGUGAUAUUUAGAAAUUAUGUUCUAGGGAAAGCCCUCAUGUGAGAAUUUUUUUUCUUUAGAAGCCUGUUUGUUACCGAUUUUGUUAUACAUUGUUAAACGUAAUUCUGAUGUUUUAAUGAAAAUGGUGUUCAUGGAUUAAUCCAAA